AUGUCAGACUGGCGCACUUCACUGAGCGCUCCCACUUGCCCGUCGACGCCAUUACUUAGCCAGAUUUCAUGCUACGACCCAUGGUCAUCCUCUCGGCUACCAGAUGUCCAGAGAAACCAAAGUGAGCCGAUAUCCAGCCGCGAGCCACCGAAAACCCCACCAAGCAAGGAUGAGUGGACAGGAGGCUCCCGAUGCGCGGGCGAAUAUUGUCUAUACGCGAAUAGGGCCUUUGGCGGGGAACGCGGCAUCGUUGUUAUCACCACCGCUCACGGCCUGGAAAAGGUGAAAGCUAUUGCCGGGCGGGCGGCUGCGAAGACAUUGGAAGACGAGGGGGACUCUCACUCAUCCCUACCGUCCGGUCCGUCCCCCUUCUACGUCGAGGAGGUGAGCGGCAAAGGCCUUGGCAUGCUGGCCAGCCGGGCCCUUCGCCGCGGAGACGUCGUCCUAACACGAGUGCCCGCCCUGCUCGCGCAUCGAAACUUCAUGGAGCGCACGCCGCGGGAGGAACGGGAGCGUUUGUUAGGCCUAGUUCUAAGUCUCCUACCAGCAGCAACACGUCGCAGCUUCGUGCGCCAGGCCGGGCGCUUUGGCGGACACGAGGUCGCAGACAUCGUCACCACCAACUCGUUCCAGGUCGAUCUCGGCGGGGACGGGACGGGUUCGUCGGCGGGGCACCACUACGCCAACUUCCCCGAGGUGUCGCGGUUCAACCACGACUGCCGCCCCAACGCGGUCUUCUUCGUCGACGCCGACCUCGUGCACCGUACCACCGUCGUGCGCGACGUCGCACCGGGCGAGGAGCUGACCAUCUCCUACCUCGACUCGAUGGCACCACGUGCCGAGCGGCAGCACAGGGCCCGCGUGGCUUGGGGUUUCGAGUGCACGUGCGCACAGUGCGGCUUAACCGAUGAGACGGCGGUCGCAGCGUCGGACGGGCGGCUUGCGGAGAUUGCUGAGCUCGAGGGGCGGCUGUCGGACGUCAAGUCCGAGGUGACGCUCGAUACGGUGGAUCGGUACGUCCGGUUGUUUGCCGAGGAAAAGCUCGAGGCCAAACUGGCCGGGGCGUACACGACGGCGGCGCUGAACUACAACCUGCUCGGGAAGAGCGGGCUAGCUGUUAAAUAUGCACGGCUGGCGAUCGAAGCUGGCAUGAUAGAGGACGGGCCCGCGGCCCCGGAUGUGGAGGCAAUGCGUGUCUUGGCAAGGGACCCGAAGAAGCACUUUACCUGGAGAGCACGACUCGGAAAGUAA